UGCGAGACUCCCGAGAACUCCUUGGGCUUCAGUGCCGAAUUUCUCAAGUCAGCCAGCUGAGCUAGCUAGCUCAGUCCGCUACGCGACCCGCCGACGGCCAGGAGCCCAGGGAGAACUACAUUUCCCAGUGGUAACGGGACUCACCAUGUUUUCCCGUGCUCCUCUGGGCCUGCGGCAGCCCGCGCUCUGGGCGCUAUAGCAACGGUAGCUAGCUGAGAGCGAACGCGGAGAUAGGCCAUGUCUGGUCCAAGUGAUGAGACGGCAGGAGACCUGCCGGUGAAAGAUAUUGGUCUAAACCUCUUUGGAGUUGGAGGGUUACAAGAAACUUCAACUGCACGAACAAUGAAGACUCGCCAGGCAGUGUCACGUGUCAGUCGUGAAGAACUGGAAGACAGAUUUUUGCGUUUGCAUGAUGAGAACAUUUUACUUAAACAGCAUGCCCGCAAGCAAGAGGAUAAAAUUAAAAGAAUGGCCACCAAGUUAAUACGGCUAGUUAAUGACAAGAAAAGAUAUGAGCGGGUUGGUGGCGGCCCCAAGCGGCUGGGACGAGAUGUAGAAAUGGAAGAAAUGAUUGAGCAGCUCCAAGAAAAAGUUCAUGAGCUUGAAAGACAAAAUGAAGUCCUCAAAAACAGGCUAAUAUCAGCCAAACAGCAACUCCAAGUCCAGGGGCACAGGCAAACUCCGCACAGUCGUGUGCAGGCUCGAAUUAACACUGGCCGCAGGAAAGGGAGCACAAGUACAGGCUUACAGGAAUGCCCCAGGAAAGGUAUAAGAUUCCAAACUGUAGAUGAAACAGAAACUGCAGAGCCCACGCUUACAAAAUAUGGCAGCAGUUUACUUGAAGAAGCCAGAGGAGAAAUAAGAAAUUUAGAAAAUGUCAUUCAGUCACAGAGAGGCCAGAUAGAAGAAUUAGAGCACUUGGCAGAGAUCCUGAAAACUCAGUUGAGGAGAAAAGAAAGCGAAAUUGAGCUGUCUCUUCUUCAGCUUCGAGAACAGCAAGCUACAGAUCAAAGGUCAAAUAUUCGGGACAAUGUAGAAAUGAUUAAGCUUCAUAAACAACUAGUGGAGAAAAGCAAUGCUCUUUCAGUCAUAGAGGGAAAAUUUAUUCAGCUUCAAGAGAAGCAGAGAGCGCUCAGAAUCAGCCAUGAUGCCUUGAUGGCAAAUGGAGAUGAGCUAAGUGUGCAGCUGAAAGAGCAGCGCUUGAAGUGUUGCAGCCUUGAGAAGCAGUUACAUGCCGCGAGGUUUUCAGAGCGAAGAGUGGAGGAGCUGCAGGAUAGAAUUAAUGAUUUAGAAAAGGAGCGAGAACUUUUAAAGGAAAACUAUGAUAAACUUUAUAACAGUGCCUUCAGUGCUACCCUUGAAGAACAGUGGAAGUUAAAGGAGCAGCAGAUGAAAGUGCAGAUUGCACAGCUCGAAACUGCCCUAAAAUCUGAUCUAACGGACAAAACCGAAGUCCUUGACAAAUUAAAGACUGAAAGAGACCAAAAUGAGAAGCUCGUGCAAGAGAACAGAGAGCUCCAGCUACAGUGUCUGCAGCAGAGGCAGCAGCUGGAUGAGUUGAAAAGCCGCAUGAGGUUUUUCAACCAGGAGAGUGACGUUAAUGCUGAUGAGCUGGGUGAGGCUCUCCUGCUUAUAAAGGCUCAGAAAGAACAAAAAAGUGGAGACCUUUCAUUUUUAGAAAAAGUGGACAGCAAAAUUAAUAAAGAUCUAGAACAUUCCAUGAAAGAACUUCAAGCAACUCAUGCAGAAACAGUACAAGAACUUGAAAAGACAAGAAAUAUGCUAAUUAUGCAGCACAAAAUCAAUAAAGACUAUCAGAUGGAAGUUGAGGCGGUGACUCAGAAGAUGGAAAAUUUGCAGCAAGAUUAUGAACUUAAAGUGGAACAAUAUGUCCAUCUUCUUGAUACCAGGGCUGCACGCAUCCAAAAGCUGGAAGCCCAGUUAAAGGACAUUGCCUACGGCACUAAGCAGUACAAAUUUAAACCAGAAAUCAUGCCAGAUGACUCUGUUGAUGAAUUUGAUGAAACCAUCCACCUGGAACGAGGAGAAAACCUAUUUGAAAUCCACAUUAACAAAGUCACCUUUUCUUCUGAAGUCCUGCAGGCAUCUGGUGACAAAGAGCCUGUGACUUUCUGUACCUAUGCUUUCUAUGACUUUGAAUUGCAGACAACUCCCGUGGUUCGAGGCCUUCGCCCAGAAUACAACUUCACGUCUCAGUAUCUUGUCCACGUAAACGACUUGUUUCUGCAGUACAUUCAGAAGAACACUGUCACUCUGGAGCUCCACCAAGCCUACAGCACAGAUUAUGAAACAAUUGCAGCGUGUCAGUUGAGAUUCCAUGAGAUCCUAGAAAAAAACAGCCGAAUAUUUUCCACAGCAAGUUUAGUUGGAACUAAAGGAGACAUCCCAAAUUUUGGCACAGUAGAAUACUGGUUCCGAUUAAGAGUUCCCAUGGAUCAAGCAAUUCGACUUUAUCGAGAGCGUGCAAAGGCAUUAGGAUAUAUAACAUCAAAUUUUAAGAAGCCAGAGAAAAUGCAAUUGUUGAGUCAGCAAGCUCCCACAACUGCUCAGAUCAGUUCAACAGAUUCCACAGAUGCCAACCUAAAUGAGCUUCAUAUUACAAUAAGAUGUUGCAGCAACCUACAGUCCCGAGCAAGCCACCUGCAGCCACACGCAUAUGUUGUAUACAAGUUUUUUGACUUUCCAGACCAUGAUACAGCCAUCAUUCCCAGUAGCAAUGAUCCGCAGUUUGAUGACCACAUGUGUUUCCCAGUGCCAAUGAAUAUGGAUUUGGAUCGCUACCUUAAGUCAGAGUCUCUGAGUUUUUAUGUGUUUGAUGAUAGUGAUACCCAGGAGAAUAUUUACAUAGGAAAAGUUAAUGUGCCUCUGAUUUCACUGGCACAUGACAGGUAUAUCUCAGGGAUAUUUGAGUUAAUGGAUAAUGAAAAGCAUUCUGCAGGAACCAUCCAAGUUAUAUUGAAAUGGAAAUUCACCUACCUUCCACCAAAUGGAUCAAUAACUACUGAAGACUUAGGAAAGUUCAUAUGCAGAGAAGAUCCAGAGGUUGUUCAGAAACUCCCUCCAACAUCCUCGUGUGUUACAUCAGUUGUAGCACCAAAACCUAAACCAAGACGUUUAACACUUGUGGACAAAAAAGUCUCUUUUGUGGAUAUAAUGCCUCACCUGAGUCCUACUUCUCCUCCUCCUGAAGAUGUAAAGGACAAUUCCCCAGAAAUGGAACACACACCAGAAACUAAUAUGUCAGCUGUUUCAUUUACUUCCAAGGAAAGCAGUGUAGCUGAAGUAGAAGAAAACAUAGAGAAAAUGCAACAAGGAAAAGAAGAUGACAUCUCUUUCCUAUCUGAAGGUCAGCUUGCAUCACAAAGUGUGGCUUCCUCUGAAGAUGAAACAGAAAUAACAGAAGAACUGGAGCCAGAAGAUGAGGACAGAUCAGCUUCUGACAGUGAUGACUGUAUCAUCCCAGGUUCUGUCUCUAAGGACACCAAAAAAUCAUCAGAGGAAAUUCGGAUUGAGAUCAUAGCUCUGAGCCUCAAUGAUUCUCGAAUAACUAAGGAUGACACAAUCCAACGGCUGUUCAUUGAAUGUCGGUUCUACAGUCUUCCCGCUGAAGAGACACCUGUGUCACUGCCAAAACCCAAGAAUGGGCAAUGGGUCUACUAUAACUAUACCAAUGUGAUCUACCUGGAUAAAGAAAACAACCCAGUGGAGAGAGACAUCCUAAGAGCCGUGCUGCAAAGGCAAGAGCUGCCUCACAGAAGUGUGCGCUUUACUGUGGUCAGUGACCCUCCUGAGGACGAGCAGGACCUGGAGUGUGAGGACAUCGGCAUUGCUCAUGUUGACCUCAUGGAUGUGUUUCAGAAAGGGAGAGACAUCACCGAGCAGGACAUUGAUGUGUUUGAUGCCCGAGCAGACGGAGGCAGCAUCGGCAAGCUGAAGGUGACAGUGGAGGCUCUCCAUGCCCUGCGGUCUGUCUACAAGCAAUGCGGAGAAGACUCAGAGGCCUGAAAGACACUUGCAGAGGCAUCCUACUUCUGAGAGAAUGCCCACAUGAAAGCUGCAGGAUGAGAUUUUGAGUAAUCACUCUGGUGUAUGUAAUCUAUAAUUCAUGGGGAGCUGAGGGGGAGUGCCUGGGUUUAGGCAUGAACAAGUUUUGUAUAGUUUUUGUUUGUUUAUUUUUCUAUCCCCUCUUCCCCAUAACUACUCCCCCCCCCUUAGGACUUCAGUUCUCCUCAGUGGGCUUCCUUCUCAAUAAUUUAUAUCAACAUGAUAGAAUGAAAUAUCUAUUUACAUUUGCAACAAUUCUUACAAAAAAUUGGGAGAGGUCUCAUUUUUAUUUUUCAUAAGGAAAAGCCUAAAUCUUAGGAAACCUAUGGGAGAAAAAAAAAAAAACACUUUUUAUGUUAUCCCUAAUCGUCCCACUAAAUGGAAAGCCUCUGAUUAGCCUCAUUAAGACUUUUAUACUGUGAAGAUUUUAUUAGAAGCAAUAUAUGAAAAUUACUUGGAUUAAUGUGUUAAUCUUCCUCUUUAAAAUGCUAAUAUCCACUUUAUGCACAUUAAAGCUCAGUAUGCAUUUUCCUUGAUGCAUGCAGUUUAUAUCAAUUAAAUAUAAAGAAGACAUGGCACCAACUUAGUAAAUUACCCCCAGUUUUGUUAGUUUUCUAAACAUUGUAGUCCUUCCAGGUUAUAAGGUAUCAGUGUAUCUGUAAUGCUGAUAUGGGACCCAAGAUUAUACUCAUAUAAAGAUAGAUAGCUACACACACACACACACACGAAAUUCAUACUUUACAAACUAAAGUUAUUACAUAAAAAAAUUAAAGUGUGACUCAAAUUCUAAAAUGUUUAGUUUGACAUGAAAGGAGACCCUCUUUAUCAUUCUUUAAACUUACAUCAAGCUUAUUCAGUUCUGGGAUGUAUCUAGAUAUGCAGACCCUCAAAAAGCAGCUCCCAAAGUUAAUUUCUAGCUUUUGCACAGUCUUGCUGAAGGGUUUAAUUGAUAUUUUUAAUGGAGCUGUGAAUCAGUGCUGCAAAGGAAUUGUCUCUGGGGGUCUGAGAUAUAAUGCAUUUCAUUUUUUAAUUUACUUUUUUAUUUGUCGUUUUCUUCAAAGGAUUUUUAUAGGCUGUGGGUUUUCACUGUUUGCAAACAGGCUAUUCCUUCUUAAGCAUAUGUAAAGUAUUCAGGGAGAUAAGUAAUUUAUUAAAAUCUACCUAAUUUGCCGUGCUAUAUUAAAUCUCUGCUUCAGUGAUCACAGACCAUUUCAUUUAGAGAAUUAGGCAUUCCCUCUUUGUGUGAUUAAAGCCCUGGAAAAUGAGUUCUUUGCUCCUAUUUGUGAACAUUCAAAGCCUGCUAAUGGCAGGAAGAUGGAAUAGAUUAUGAGACAAUUCAUUACAGUUCAACAGGGGAAAAAGCAGCUAUAAUGCAAAAAUGCAAGUAUGAAUAUCAGUGUAUAGUUGAACCAUCUGUGCUCUAACGGCUUCAGUGAUGACUCCUCCUUGGGAGGCUUUUAAAUGACAUCCAUACGAUAUUAAUUUGUUGGCACACUUUGUGGGACCAGUAGAGUAUGAUGUGACCACAGAAUUGUAUAAAUUGUGUCUGUACCAUUGGGCACCACUGUCCUCCGGCAUGCCUUCUCCAGGAAGAAUCUUGCUCUCAUCAGACUCUGCAGAUCUUCAUAACAACUCAUUCCUCUGGAACCUUCCAGUGACCACAAACAUCUGCAGACAGAACCUCUCCAAUCCUAGUAAACAACCACAUGUUUGUUGUCACUUUAGCUGGCUCUGAGCUCAUCUUUUUGGCCUCUUUUUCUAGCUUUCUUUGGCUUUGUGCAGCUACAGUGUCAUUAAGACCAUACUAUUCCCUGCAGUAAUUUAAAACAGCCAGAUUAUACCCUGGGAUUAGCUGAGUGGUUUUGUGAGACAUUUAUUGUGGUAUUCUCCCGGGGGGCAUGCACAAUUGUUUUAAAAUGUUAUAGCCCAAGCUAAAUAACACUUUCUGCCGGGAGGAAAAUGGGAUGGUGCUGACUUCUUAGCAUCUUUAAGUAGAGACAGGGAAGUUUUAAUCAGAAAAUGUCUAUAAGUGACUCAGUCAGCUAUAUAGAACCUAUACCUCAAGUACAAUUAGGGGUUUAGCCGCUUGUAUUUACUAGCUUUAAAAUGCUCAACUUCAGAUCCUGCAGAAGUUCCCAACACUCACUUCACAUGCAAUGGCUACUAAAGAGUUCUGUCGGGGAAGUGGGAUGAAUACCCUCAUACAGAGUCCAUGGCAUCUUUGUCUAGUCAAAUGUUAGCCAGGGUUCAUGGAAAAGUUCACCUCCAUGAGCCAGGCUUGCUUUGUGAAGGCUGACUGUGGUUUGGGGGCUCCCGGGCACACUGACAUGGCCCUGGAGGAGAACUUGCUCAGUUCACUCAGCACUCUGGGAGCUGUAAUGCUUUCAGUUUGGAAAUAUAAAGAGAGACGUGAUGUGGCAUGUGGGAGAGUGAAUUGUACAUGGUUUUUUGCCUACUGUAGUAGAAAUGUCAAAUUCCCAGCCACUGUCAUGAGAAGCAGUUGACAAAAAUAAGUUUUAUGGUUUACAGUGUGGUUUACGUAGAGAACAUUUCUCUUCACUCUCGGUUUCAACAUGUUUUCUGAAUUAUCAUGGUUUGUUGCCAUUUAACUUAAAUUAGUUUUUUUAAGAAUAAAUAGAGACUAUGUUUAAUCAAAUAAAGAACGGCCGCAUUGAAA